AUGGCGGGCGCCCGGGACUCCCACCGCCCCCCCCCCCCCAGCCCCCAGGAGCGACCCACGGUUCUGACCCGCGCGGACGGGGGGGUCCCUCGGCGCACACAGGUGCCGCCCGAGGGGGGGUCGUGCCCCCCUCUCCUGCACGUGCAGCACCCCGGGGUGUUGGUGAUGCGAACCCGGCUGCCCCCGGCGCACGGUCUCCCUGGUUUCGAAUGGGGCCACAAAGACCCCCCCGGCCGCGACAGAGACCCCGACCCCGCCGGCAGCGACCCGCCGCCCCCCGGCGCUGCACAGGCCCCCAGGCCCCCCCGCCGUGAGCCAGGGGAGGUGGCUCAGUGCCUGCGGCAGCUGGAGAGGAUCCAGGAGCUGGAGCAGCAGCUGGCCCGCGAGCGGCACCGCCUGGGGCUGCUGCAGGCGCAGCUCCUCCGGAGGGCCCCCCCCAGCACGGGCCCCCCCGGGAAGAGCCAGGCCGGGCUCCCCCCAAUUUGGGGUCCCGCAGCCACCCCCGAGGCAGAGGGGGACCCCGAGAUGAUGCUGCCCGCCCCUGGGCACCCCUGGGAGCGUGGGGGGCUCUACCCAGAACUGGAGUAUUACCGGCUCAGCACCGCGCGGCCCCCCUACACCUACGCCACGCUCAUCCGCUGGGCCAUCCUGGAGUCCCCGCAGCGGCAGCGCCCCCUGGCGGAGAUUUACCACUGGUUCAGCCGCAGGUUCGGCUUCUUCCGGCACAACACCCGCACCUGGAAGAACGCCGUGCGCCACAACCUGAGCCUGCACAAGUGCUUCGUGCGGGUGGAGGCCGCGCGCGGCGCCGUCUGGACCGUGGACGAGGCCGAGUUCCGGCGCAAACGGGGCCAGCGUUACCCCAGGGACUGUGACCUCAAGUACUUUAUGCCCCCUCGGAGUUGAGGGGGGAACCCCCCAAAAAAAAACCACCCCAAAAACACCCCCCCAAAAUCCCAAGAGGAACGCGACACCCCCAAAACUGCUGCGCCGGGAUUUAUUGACACCAUAAAAGAACCGU